AUGGAAGUAAAUUUUAUGGAAUUCAUGCGCCAGCAGAGCGAUACUCCGACGAAUGCCCUCGUAUGGGCUGCUUCUACAUUAUGCACAGUGAAUAGGGGUCAAAGGGACAAAGACAAGCCACAAGUCGAUCUCGGGCGUGCGAUGUACAUUCGAGGAAUAAGAACUUUGAUACAGUUGAUACAGAAUCCAAGGACAGUCAAAUCUGACCAAACUUUGGGCGUUGCGGUGUUAUUGGGGAUUUGUGAAAUGAUAGAUGGAUCAUUUGAGCAAUCCUGGCUGGCGCAUUCUAGUGGAAUUGCGGCUCUGUUCCAACAUCGAGGACCCGAAGCGCACCGCGAUGGAGUCGGCAGGACAUUGCUGAUAUCCUUCCGAGCCUUUAUUGUGGCAGACGCUCUACUUCGAGGCGAGCCAUGCUUUUUGGCGGAACCUGUCUGGAGGGCUGUGAUUAUACAAUCGAUGAAACAAGAUAAUGAACGUGGGAAAGGGAGUGAGCUUGGUGAUUUAGUGGAGUUUGCUUUCCAUGAGAUAACUCUUUGCCCCGGUCUGGUGGCGCGAGUACGCGACAUACUUGCAGGAAAAAUAAUUGAUACCAAUCGGAAGAAGCUCUUGGUGGGAGCACUCUCGACUCAAAUAUCAAAUCUUUCCAAGCUACACAACAAGCUUUCUAUCCUGUUCUCUCAUGGAAUUGCACUUGAGAGUAGACCAGACCUCGUCGGUCCUAUCCCUCGCCCUGUUAUCCACAUGCUCACCAAGUUCACCCUACAGGGGAUUGAUAUGGCCAUUGAUUUGUUAAAUCGACUACUAAGAUCACUGGGUGCGCAUCAAACAGGUAUCAUUUUGUACGGCAACCAUCCCAAACAAAGCUUCAACCAGACCUGCUUAGCAAGUGACAGAAUCAUCGGAGAAAAGCUUAUGGAAGGACCGGACCAACUUGCUUUAUCUAUGGGAAUGCUGGUCCUAAAAAAUGACCAGUAUCUGGAUAAUACUUUAAUAACGAAAAAGAAUAAUUGCAUUUAA